UGUGCAGCUUGUAGCCGUAGUGUUAGUAGUGUUAGAUGCCAGCAGCUCCUCAUGAAAUCUCUUCAAGCUUGUUAGAAUAAAAAAUUAAAAAAAACAGAUGAAUUGCUAGAAUAAAAGCUUUUAAUUUCCUUUUUUUUAUCAUUCUUCUUUCGCUUUCAAUUUACAAUGAGUGCGGUUGCAGGUCUGCAGAAAAAGAAGAGGAAAGAUUUUAUACCUUACUUUCUCGGAUUUGUAAUAUUUUUGUAUGGCACCAUUCAUCUUGUAUCAUUCACAGCCAGGAGCAGUCAGGAGAGUCACCCCGUCAGGGCGCGUCGGGCUCUGGAGAAUGAGACUGAGUGUAUUUCACCACAGUCCUCCGAGUUCCCUGAAGGCUUCUUCACGGUGCAGGAGAGGAAGGAUGGAGGACUCGUCAUUUAUUUUAUGAUUAUUUUCUACAUGCUUCUGGCUGUGGCGAUAGUCUGCGAUGAUUACUUCCUGCCCUCCUUAGAGGUCAUCAGCGAACGUCUGGGACUGUCUCAGGACGUAGCAGGAGCCACAUUCAUGGCAGCUGGGAGUUCAGCACCUGAACUGGUCACGGCCUUCCUGGGCGUGUUUGUGACAAAGGGGGACAUCGGGGUCAGCACUAUCGUUGGGUCAGCUGUCUACAACCUCCUAGGAAUCUGUGCUGCCUGUGGACUCCUGGCCUCGAUGACAGGGCGCCUCACCUGCUGGCCAUUGUUCAGGGACUGCCUGGCAUAUGGCAUCAGUGUCGCUGCUGUUAUUGCCAUCAUUUCUGAUAACAAAGUGUACUGGUAUGACGCUGCCUCUCUGCUGCUGGUCUAUGGCAUCUACAUUGUGGUUCUGUGCUUCGACCUUCGCAUCAGUGAGUUCGUCCUGAGGAAGCUGAGCCCCUGCUGCACAUGUCUGGCUUCAGGCUCUGGUGAGAAGACUGAGACGCAGCCUCUGAUGGGCUGGAGCGAAGACACCAGCCUUCGAGUCCACAGUCGCUCCAGAACAGACAGCGGCAUCUUCCAGGACGACUCGGGCUACUCCCACCUGUCCCUCAGCCUGCACGGCCUCAACGACAUCCCUGAAGAGCAUAAAUGUGUGUUUGCAGUGCCGGAGAGCGACCUGAAGCGGAUCCUCUGGGUUCUGUCUCUGCCCGUCAUCACUCUGCUUUUCCUGACCGUGCCUGACUGCAGGAGAAGGUUCUGGAAGCCCUGGUUCAUGAUAACCUUCCUCAUGUCAGCUGUCUGGAUCUCAGGUUUCACAUACGUGCUGGUGUGGAUGGUCACUGUUGUUGGUGAGACCCUCGGCAUCCCUGAUACAGUGAUGGGACUCACUUUGCUCGCUGCUGGAACCAGUAUACCUGACACCAUAGCCAGCGUGAUGGUGGCCAGAGAAGGGAAAGCUGACAUGGCCAUGUCCAACAUUGUGGGCUCCAAUGUUUUUGACAUGCUCUGCCUGGGUCUGCCUUGGUUCAUCAAAACUGCCUUCGUGGACACAACCAACCCCGUAGAGGUCAACAGCACUGGACUGGUCUUCAUUUCCUCCACACUCCUCCUGUCAAUCCUCUUCCUUUUUGUCGCCGUGCACAUCAAUGGAUGGAAGCUUGACUGGAAAUUGGGAAUCGUUUCUCUCAUCUGCUACACCCUUUUCGCCACUCUGUCCAUCCUGUAUGAGUUAGGGAUUAUUGGGAAUAAUCCAGUAAGACUGUGCAGCGACUGAGCUCUGACCUUCGCAGGACUGAAGCCAUAUUUUCUGAGACUGUUAAUGGUCCAAAACCACAACAAAAAUGUUAAUCUUUUAAAUCUUCAAAUGUCAAGACUAGGAGGCUUGGUCCCACUCGCAUACUUUUAAAUAUGCCAUGAAAGAUGCGUGCUGGUCACAUCUCACCAAGAGGAUUUAGUAAUAGAUUUCACCAGAGGACAUUCUCUAGACUGUUAUAUCACAAUGAAGGCCCGCUACCGCAAAGUGAGACGUCUCCUGUCUUACACAAGGCCCAUGAAUGGAAAAUGUGCUGUCACAGAAAUAACUGCCCAGUUCAAAUGAAUCCCCAGUCGAGGAAUAAAAGGUGUCAACUGAA